GCCAAAUUGGAUUAGAGAGGCGCUCCAUGUCCGUCUUGUCGAGUUGGCAGAAUGUUGAGGCCAGUCUGUCAGGUCCUUCUGCUCUGCAUGGUCACCGUAUCUGCUCGCACGAGAGUCCGUACCCGUGAUGUCCUGUAUCCAUUUGGACCUGUCCACAUGGAUCUGGAGACCCCCAAGAUGGACGACGGGAGCUCCCCUGAGAUUCCUCUGCUUGUGCCCUUCGUUUUCUUCAGUACUCCUUACCGCACUAUUUAUGUCAACAAUAACGGCGUGAUAUCCUUUAACGAGCAUGUGAGCCAAUUCACGCCAGAAGCGUUCCCCCUGAGUGACAGCCGGUCCUUCAUUGCCCCCCUCUGGGCGGACGUGCACAACGGGAUCCGCGGAGACGUCUACUACAGGGAGACCACCCGGCCGCAAAUACUGGAGAGGGCGACGCAUGACGUCCGCCGACACUUCAAGAACGUCCCAAACUUCACGGCAACCUGGGCAUUUGUCACCACGUGGCACCAGGUCACCUUCUACGGCGGGAGUCAGACAACCCCGGUGAACACAUUCCAAACUGUGCUAAUCUCAGAUGGUGCAGUGUCCUUCGCUCUGUUCAACUAUGACGAAAUCACCUGGAGCACAGGCACGGCCAGCGGUGGAGAUCCUCUAACCGGACUGGGUGGCACUACAGCUCAGUCAGGUUUUAACGGUGGGGAAAUCGGACACUUCUUGAACCUGCCAGGAUCGCGGUCCAACGAUGUGGUGAACAUUGAGCAGACCACCAACGUGAACAUUCCAGGACGCUGGUUUUUUCGCGUUGACCUGGAACUGAUCGACCCCGCCAAUGGCUGCAGCUACAAUGGUCAUUUUUAUAGACGGGGUGAGGUCUUCUGGCUUUCGGACCGCUGCUUACAACGAUGCCGCUGUCUUGACGUCGACAAUGAGGUGCUCUGCGAAGACACACCGUGCGGCCAGCUGGAGGCCUGCGAGCAACAGGACGGGGCCUUUUUUUGCCAGCCCACCCGCACCAGUAUCUGCGUGGUGUUCGGUGACCCCCACUACCACACAUUCGACGGUCUCCUCUACCACUUUCAAGGAACUUGUUCCUACCUCCUGGCUCGGCCAUGCUGGAAAGCGGCGCGGCUGCCUUUCUUCAGCGUAGAGGCCAAAAACGAAGACCGCGGGGUAUCCGCUGUCUCCUGGCUGAGAGAUGUAACCGUAGAGGUCUACAGUCACCGAGUCACAUUGCUCAAAGGAAGUUUGGGAAGCGUUCAGGUCGAUGGCUUCAUGAAGACUCUACCGGUCCAGCUUCAGCUCGGCGCUGUCAAAGUCUACCAGUCCGGAGUGGCCGUUGCUUUGGAAACAGAUUUUGGACUCCUGGUGACGUACGAUGGCCAACACUAUGCCUCCAUCUCCCUGCCGAGCUCUUACUUCAACAACACGUGUGGCCUGUGCGGGAACUACAACGACGACCCCGCAGAUGAUCCUCUCCUCCCUGACGGCACCCUGGCGGAAAGUGCGGCUGAACUGGGCGGGGGCUGGCGAGCAGAGGGCGCCGACUGGCAUUGUACAGAUGGUUGCGUAGAAAACUGCAGCGUGUGCGAUGUGCUCACGGAAGCGUUCUUGUUUGGUCCAGACUAUUGCGGACUCCUAAACAAAACUGACGGGCCUUUCAGGGACUGCAGAGGCGUGGUGGAUCCCACUGCUUUCGUGUUUAGUUGUGUCUAUGAUAUGUGUAGCAACAAGGACAAUAUCACCACACUCUGCCAAGCCAUCCAGGCCUACGCUCUGGCCUGUCAGGCACUUGGUGCCACAAUCCAUCCCUGGAGGUCUCGGACCUUCUGUGCCCUGACGUGUCCACCGUUCAGCCACUACCAAGUGUGCACCAGCGCCUGUCCGGCCUCCUGCUCGGAUAUCAAUGCUCCCUUGUACUGCGCCCACCCUUGCACCGAGGGCUGUCAGUGCGACCGAGACUACGUCCUCAGCGGCGACCGUUGUGUACAGCAGGAUGACUGUGGCUGUGAGCACAACGGUCUCUAUUACCCUCUCAAUGAGACUUUUUGGGCAGGCCCCAGCGGCGAAGAAGGGGAAUGUAGCCGUCGAUGCACCUGCGUGGCCGCGGGUGAAAUCUCUUGCUCCAAUGAGUCUUGCGGGGAAGGCGAGGUGUGCACGGCAGAGGUGGGCACGCUAGGUUGCUACCCUCGCCGGGAGGGACUGUGUUCAAUCGCUCAGAACGCUGUGACGUCAUCCUUUGACGGCACCUUCCUGCUGUUCCCAGAUGACAGCUCCUACUACCUACUGAGGCUGUGUGGCGCUCUGCCAGCUAAUGGCUCAAUGGUGGAGGUGAAGAUAGGCAGACGGCUGGUGAACAAAGGCCCUGCUUGGAAAAGACCUAUGGUAGUUACGGUUGCUAGCCUGGAGGUUCAGGUGGGAGGGCUGGAUUUGGAAAUGGUAAAGGUCAACGGCAAACUGACCGCCCUCCCAUACGUCCAUCCGACACAGACCAUAAAGGUCUACAGAGCACCGGGUAAUGGCACGGUUGUGGAAUCUCGUGGUCAACUUCGGGUUCACUACACACAACAGGGCUCCAUCACCAUCUCCCUCUCCACUGCAUUCUACAACGUCACCUGUGGCCUGUGCGGCGUCUUCAACGGUGACCCCGCGGACGACUUCCGCCUCCCCAACGGACGCCUCGCGGAGUCCGCCUCGCAGUUCUCGGAGGGAUGGCGUUCCAUUGCCGACGACAUCCCCUGCAAUGGCGAUUGCGAAGACUUGUAUCGCAUGUGCACGGACUUACGCCACUAUCAGAGUCCGAGGAUGUGCGGCAACAUCAACGACCCCGGGAACAGCUCCUUCCUGGCGUGCCACGGGGCGGUCAACCCCUCGCCGUUUUUCCGAAACUGCUUGUACAACAUGUGCGUGAAGGAGGGCGACCGCUCAGCCCUCUGUUCUUCACUGCAAGCUUACGCCGCUGCAUGCCAGGAUGCUCAGGUGGUUGUCACUUCCUGGAGGACAGCCACCAAUUGCCCUCUUCCCUGUCCAGCCAACAGCCAUUUUGACGAGUGUGCCAGCGCUUGCCCCCUGACGUGCUCUGGCCUGGACCAGCCCGACGGACCGUGCCCGCUACCGUGCGGCGAGGGCUGCCGCUGCCAGGACGGCUUCGCCCUGCGGGAAGGCGCGUGCGUGCCCCGCGGCGAAUGCGGCUGCGCGGGGCCCGAAAGCAACCGCCGGCUUCCCUCAAACCACACUUUCUGGAAAGACCGGGACUGCCUGGAGCGCUGCUACUGCAACGGUUCAGACAACAGCGUAUACUGCUUGGUGGUGCCGUGCCAUCCUCAAGAGUACUGCCAGGAAGACGACGGCUUGUACUACUGCAGGCCUCGUACUGAGGCCCUGUGCGUGGUGGCCGGUUAUGGCCAUUACCUUCCGUUUGGCGGUGUUUCGUUUGAGCUGCAGAGCUCUUGUAGCCUGAGCUUGGCCACCACUAACUGUGGGAGCAGGGACGAUGCAAUCAUAAGUGGAAGUUUGCCUGCGUUUAAAUUAUUGGCUCUUAAUGAGGAGAGAGACACGGGCCAGGCGGUAUGGGUGAGGGGCUUCAUGCUGGAGGUCUUUGAUUUUGAGAUUGAGGUGUCCCGAAGCUACAAGAACACCGCCAUGGUGAAUAAGGAGCAGUUGAAUUUCCCCGUGAAGCUUGGCUCCGGGAAGGUCACCAUCUUCACUUUGGGCACUGUGCUAGUGCUGGAGACGGACUUCGGCCUCAAGGUGGUCUUCGACUGGAACACUCUGCUCCUACUGACUUUACCCCAUCACCUUUACAACGCAUCCUGCGGCCUCUGUGGGGACUUGCCCUCGGGCUCUGGCAGCCCCACCGCCGACCACUGGGCCACAGCCUGGGCCGAGAGGGAUGCUUUCUGCUGGGUGGGCUGCAGCGAUUCGUGCCCGAGGUGCGGCACGUGGGAGAAAAACCUCCCGGAUGCGAGGCUGUGCGGCCUGAUGUUGGAUCGCGAGGGUGCGUUUGGGGGCUGUCACAGUAAGGUGGCGCCAGCGUUCUUUUUCCAAAGCUGCCUGCAGGACGUUUGCUUGGAUGGGGGAGCUCGGGAAACAGUUUGCGGCUGGCUGCAGGCCUACGCCAUCGCCUGUCACGCGCAAGGCAUGCCUGCCGCCGGCUGGAGGGGCGGCACGCCAUGUGUCCAGAGAUGUCCGGCAAACAGCCACUACUCCAGAUGCGUGCCGGCGUGCCCUCCCCAGUGCGUCUCUGCCAGCGGCCAGCGGGAUUGCGCCCAGGACUGCGUGGAGGGCUGCCAGUGUGACCAGGGAUACGUCCUCAAUGGCAAGACCUGCAUCCUGCCUCAGGACUGCGGCUGCUACGCUGACGGCAAGUACUACGAGCCCAAGCAUCUGUUCUGGAACGGGGAUUGCACCAAGCGCUGCCAGUGCAUCGGCCGCAACCUGGUGCAGUGCGACCCGCGCCGCUGCAAGGCGGACGAGGAGUGCGCCCUGCGCCGCGGCGUACGCGGCUGCUUCUCGCGGCGCCCCCAUCAGUGCGUGGCGUCGGGCGGCGGCGUGUUCAAGACCUUUGACGACGCCUCCCUGCGCCUGCCCGCCUCCUGCUCCUUCGUGCUGUCCACCAACUGCCACAAGCUGCCCGACCUCUCCUUCCAACUCAUCGCCAACUUCGACAAGCGGAGCGCGCCGAACCUCACCACCAUCUCCCACGUCUACCUCUACAUCAACGAGGAGAACAUCCUCAUCUCGGGCAACACGGUGAAGGUGAACGGCACCCCGGUGUCGGUGCCAUUCGUGACGGGCCUGAUGACGCGCCUGUCCGCGUCCGAGGGUUUCGUCGACAUCGACUCGCCGCAGGACAUCCGGGUGCGCUACAACCGUUUCAACGCGGUGAGCGUCAGCAUGGGCGCACGGCUGCAGGACAAGCUGUGCGGCCUGUGCGGGAACUUCAACGGCGACCCCGGCGACGACUACAUCACCUCCACGGGCGGGGUGGCGGCCAGCGCUCUGGACCUCGCCCAGAGCUGGAAGACCAACGGGAUCCAGCACAGGUGGGUGAGGAAGUGCGACGAAACCCAGUACGUGACGCUGGCCCGGUCGUGCGACAACUCGGCCGUGCUGGCCUUGCAGCGCGAGGACGCGUGCCUGAAGCUGACCGAUCCGAAGGGCUUCUUCCAGCCGUGUCACAACCUGCUGGACCCGCGGCCCUUCUACCGGUCCUGCUACCUGGACGGCUGCUACAACCAGCGCGGGGCGCAAGUCUGCGGCUCGCUGGCCGCCUACGCAGAGGCCUGCCGCUCCAUGGGCGCCCUCACCACCGAGUGGAUCGUCCAGGAGAACUGCUCAGAAUGGAUCUCCGACCCCUGCGCAACAGAGACCUGCACCAACUUCACUUGCGAGCUCGAGAACGGAGGCGACUUGUGCGGGUGUCCCGAGUUGCCCGCCAGCCGCCACGGCGACGACGACGUGAUCGAGGCAGAGGUGACGUGCAAGGCGGCCAUGAUGGAGGUGUCCAUCUCCAAGUGCAAGCUCUUCCAGCUGGGUUUCCAGCGCGGCGACGUCCGUGUCAACGACCAGCGCUGUGGCGGCGUGGAGGGAGAGGAAUACAUCUCCUUUCACAUCAACAACACCAAAGGACACUGCGGUUCCCUUGUACAUUCAAACGGCACGCACAUUAUGUACAAAAACGCUGUGUGGAUUGAGAGCGUCAACAACACGGGAAAUGUCAUCACUCGGGAUAGAACCGUCAACGUGGAGUUCUCCUGCGCAUACGAGUUGGACCUGAAGAUCUCGCUGGAGACCGUCAUCAAACCCAUACUCAGCGUGAUCAACCUCACGCUGGCCACCCAGGCGGGCAACUUCAUCACCAAGAUGGCGCUGUACAAGAACGCCUCGUACCGCCAGCCGUACAGGGAAGGCGAAGUGGUCCUGAGCACGAGGGACGUGCUCUACGUGGGCGUCUUCGUGGAGGGCGCUGAUGAAAAUCAGCUCAUCCUGGUGGUCAACGUGUGCUGGGCCACGCCGUCGCGCAACAGCAGCGACCGACUGCGCUACGUCAUAAUCGAGCGAGGCUGUCCCAACGUCAACGAUCACACAAUCGGCAUGGCGGAGAACGGCGUCUCGCUCACCUGCCGCUUCCACGUCACCGUCUUCAAGUUCAUCGGCGACUACGACGAGGUGCACCUGCACUGCGACGUUUCGCUGUGCGACGCCGAGGGGCACGCCUGCAAAGUGAAUUGUCCGCCGAAGAGGAGGAUGUCGUCCAAGGAGAAGGUGCUCAAAGAUCACAUACUCAGCGUUGGGCCCAUUCAAAGACGAGCGAUUGACUGGUGCGAGGAGGACAACGGCGGCUGCGAGCAGAUGUGCACGAGCGCGGCGAGCGGUCCGGUCUGCAGCUGCGUCGCCGGGAUGCUGCAAGCCGACGGGAGGAGCUGCCGCGCGCUGAGCUCCAGCUGCACGCCCGCACCUGCGCACCUCCUGCUGAGCGCCGCCGUUUCUACGCGCCUGCUUCUUCUUCGCUGACUCGCAACUGCAUCCAGAAAAGACCUGGACGUGCAAAAGACUGGCGGUUUGAUUCAUGACUUCACCUCAUUCUGUCCUUGAGUGUUAGGCGGUCGAUUGGGGAUCAGCGUUGUGCGUUCCACUGUUUUUGCUUUUAUCGUCAAUAGGUGGCGCUGUAAGACGUGUGUUUUAGUGUACAUAUGUCCUCCAGGAUAUGCUGUACUUUAAAAGUUCUCAUUUUCAGGGACUAGAAUGAAGGAAAAAUUAUUUUUGGAUACAUUUGUACAAUUACAUCAACUAAAAUACUCCAGCUUUUACGUGAAUAUAUUUUUAAAUAUCACAUAUGCAAAAAAAAAAGGUAAAUGAGCAAAAGUUAGGAGAAAUGUAAAAAAAAAUGUUCAGAG